UCAUCGUGUCACAAGGUAAACAAUAUGGCUGCUUCCUUGGUCUUAUAUUUUCUCCCCUAGCUGUUAUUAAUGGUUAAUUCUUAAUGUGUACUAAUUUAAAACAGGUACAGAUAUUUUCCUCCUUCUCUUGAUAGUGUGUGUAUUAUGUUAGCCUGGAAAUAGAGGUGUUUAAAUAGCUGUUUCGCAUAAAGUCAGUAAUUUCUGUUAAAACCAUGGCCUCGUCAUUUGUCGUCGGAGAUCAGUUCAGACGUAAAGUGACAGAGUUACUGAAAAAGACAGACUCGUCUCUGCCACAACGACUGAGAGAAGAACUGGAGGAGACUGUGCAAAAACCAGAACCAGCAACUCUGUCCUUCAGUACAGCAAGAAAACUCCAGAAAUACCUCCAGGACGAAGGGCAUCCUUUCUACCUGCAUGAGUUGUUGGAGGACAGCUCACUGCACCUGCCUGAGGUUGUGAAGCCUCCCAGAAACCCAGAGCUGGUCGCACGUCUGGAGAAGAUCAAAGCCAAACUGGCCAAUGAGGAAUACAACAGGAUCACACGUAACGUCAACACUCAGGAAAUCAACCGAAACGGAACAUUAGCAGAUUUUGGACGGGAAGUGCGAUCAGUCAAAGCUGUGGUGGUGACCGUAUUCAACUUCCUGGUCACAGUGGUCGCUGCUUUCGCCUGUUCUUACAUGGGCAGUCAGUAUCUGUUCACCGAGACCACAGCGCGGGUGAUCUCAGCCGUGAUCGCUGCCUCUGUAGUCGGCCUCGCUGAGCUGUACGUCCUGGUCCGGACCAUGGAGGGAGAACUGGGAGAACCGUAGCAGCAGUUGAGAGCUGCCCCAUCAUGUCUUCUGAUUCAGAACAGAGAUCUCACUUUGCAAUGAAACACUUUGGACUUUUUGUCUUUGAUUUGUGAGGAAAACUGUGGAAUAAGUUACUGAGAAUUUACAAGUUAAUGACAGUAGAGCCGCUCAAUGGAAGCUGGAACUUUACAAGGAAGUAAAUUGGUUUAAAAGGACUGAUUAUCUGCCCCUUCACUUACUAUGAUGCUACUGCUUAAUCUGACAUUCCACCUUUUUUUAAAUAUUUGUUUACAAUUAUUUUGUAUUUCAUACUUUUCCUGAAACUACAGCCUCCAGUGUUUCUCCCUCCUCUUUCUCCUGUCCUAUAGAAAAUGACUGUCGCUCAUUUUCUUAUGAUUUCCUCCAUCUGUUCUCAGGUGGAAUCGUAUUUAUGUGUUUAAUAAAAUCAUCGAUGCUAA